CUGGGUAACCCACAACUCGAUGACCUACAAGAGGCGUGUGAAAAUUUGAAAUGUGCCAAGGAGCACUGCGAAAGGGAAUUAUCUUCUGCUAGAAUGGCGCUAGACGAGAUGAGAGUGCUACUAAACAGUGCUAGUCAGGCUUACAAAGACGUACUUGCAGAAAACACACAGCUCAGAGGUCAUGUUGAUGAUUUGGAGGAGCAAAUCAAAUCAUUGGUGAGUGAGUGCCAAGACUUGAAAAAUAGACUGAAGGCUAUUCUUGAAGAGACUCGGGAUAAAAUUGAAACGAUCCAGAGCAAGGCGAGUUCUGAGGCUAUCGGAAAUGCGCAGGAAAUCGCUGAGCUCAAAACUAAUUUGAGAGAAGUGGAACACCAGGCACAGAAGAAGGUCCGAGAGGACAGCAUCGCGAAGAAGCAGCUCGUUAAGGAGUUGGAAACAACGAAGAAAGACCUCAGUGCUGUCCAAAGCCAAUUGAAAUCUCUGAAGGAAGAAAAUGGUGUCCUGAAAAAGAAGGCCAACGAAGGAGAAGCAGCCAAAAAAUCCGUUGGCGUGCUAAAUGCCAAACUUACCAAGAGCGUUACAGUGGCAAAGAAGUCGUCAGCGAUUAUCGAUGACCUGCAAAGAGCGUUGGAAAGAUGUAAUGACUUGGAGAAGCGUUUGAAUCAAAAGGACAAGGAGCUGUACUCCACGAAGAAUAGACUUAUGACCCUGGAAAAACAGCUGAGUUUGGAUCAAAGAGGCGCACUGAACAUGCUUGAGCUCACCGACCUCACCACAGCAAUUAUGAAUGGCGGCGACCAGGCCCAGGGCAACGGCGAGAAGAAUGAAAUCGCCAAGAAUCCCCGCAAUCAGUGA